CAUUAUGCUCUCAAGAUUGUUUGCUGCAGCAGAGUUAGGAUUUCUUGCCAUAAGCCGUCUUUGCCUCAGCCACACGUCCGGAGAACAGCACUUCUGCACAGGACCAGCUGCAGGCGACGACAUAUACAGAGCCCUUUCAAGCAUACCUCCUACCAGGAUGUAUGCCUUGUACCUCCUCGUUAUGGCGUUUAUUGCACUUCAUACGCUGUCUACGGGAUGUCCCUUCCACCAUCCACCAUCGGAACCGUCGACACCAUCCGUCUGCCACACCAAGUGCCCUUCAGGAUGGCACAACUACCUUGAGAAUCAUUGCUUCGUCAUGGUCGGGGAACGACUGCCAUGGGCGAAGGCAGAAAAACGUUGCCACGAGCUCGUCCUAGAAGCAUGUGGACAGGGUGUGAUGGGCCAUCUGGCCUCCAUCAACGGCGAGGCAGAAAACAGCUUUGUCCACGUCCUGUGGCGGCGCAUGGGCCGCGGGGACCUGGCAAUUGACACGCUAUAUUGGAUCGGACUCACCAAACAGACCGGACAAUUGCAAUGGACGGAUGGCUCCCAACCGCUGUACGCUAACUGGGACACCGGCGUCGAAGAAAAUCUUGACAGCAUCGACGGUGUCUGCGCUUACGUGUCUGGUUCUGGAAGAAGCCAGGGACGGUGGGACGCUGGUGAUUGCAGACGACCGAUGGAUCGAGUCAACGGUCUCCCGUUCGCCUGUGAGCUAGCCCGAAAUCCGGACUUGGUUCAGCCCUCUGCAAUUCCUGGACCUGCAUAGAUGGAGCAGAGCGCCAUCUAUGCCGAAAAAGAAUUCGUUUGUCGGGAGCCCGAAGGACGUUAACUUUGUGUAAAAGAUAUAACUUCCCUUCUGGCUUCAACAGACUUGUAAAUACAGAGUGACAACUGCCAUGCUUCAAUUCCGGUGGGGAUUCUUUUUGAGUCUGGUCUUACGAGUAUGAAGAAUUUGACUUUGAAUCCUAAUGAUUGCUUUUCUUCUCGUUCUUUAUCUAAUUAGAAAAUAAAUGUGAUUUCCAAAUAAUUCAAUCAAAACGCAUCGUACUU